AUGACCUCACCUUUCAGCAGCUGCUUUGGGCACUCAAAGCAACCACCAUCGUGCGUCUCGAGCCAAGAAGAGCACCUCAACGACGCAUCCGCCACACCAGCGAGUCGUCGAGCCAUCGACGGCAUCGACGCGGCCAAAUGUGUGUUUUGCAACGUCACGCCUGAUCGGUUCAGGAUUGUGAUCGAAGAUGAGAAGCUCAUCUGCUUCACCGACCGAUCACCUGGCGCAGCGAUCCAUCUGCUCGUCAUUCCACGCAACCACAUUGCCAACGUUCAGAGCCUCACGCACAACCACACUGAACUGGUCCGCCAAAUGCAAGCACUCGGCAACAAAGCGCUCGAUCUAGUCUCCACAUCCAACUGCGCGCCGGAAAGAAGAUUCGGUUUCCAUAUUCCACCGAUACGCAGCGUCGAUCAUUUGCACUUACAUUGCCUCGAGUUACCGUUCAAGAGCCAGUGGAAGGCCAUCAAGUAUCGCCUGGCCGAGCCACCAAAUCACAACUAUAUCAAAGGCUGGUCCUGGUUUGUCGAGUGGCAGCAAACGUGCGCCUUGCUGAACGCCGGACGCAAAAUCAAGAUAUCUAGCUGCUAG